AAAUCCUGUAAUGGAAAAAGAUCCUCUCUUCGUCGAGUUUUAAAGAAGUUGACAAAACGUCUUUGAACCUCGACAAAGAGCGGAUCUUUUUCCAUCACAGGAUUCAACAGUGUUUAAAAUUGAAGAAAAAACUAAAUAAAAACUAUAAAUUUCAAAAACACCUUGUGAAAAUUGCUCAAAAUAUGAAAUUUUGAUACUCACUGAUAAGCAUGCCCACCAAACCGAUAAAGUUCAGGCAAACCGAUAUGCAACCCGCAAUACGUCAAAAGCCUUCUACUUUUGUUUUACUUUCAUGACAAGACUUUUUUGAUUAGUAAUGAAAAUAUUUUAAUAAUUAUCUUUUGUUUGAAAUCUUUAAAUUAUUAAUUAUAGGGAUUAAUUAUCGAACUAAUUUCGCAUCGAAUUGUCUAUGUAGAAGUUCGCUCAUCAUUGUAAUCAGUCCAAGAGUAUUUUCGGUUCUUUUCAUCAUUACUGUAUCGAUAGCCUGAAAUCAAAAUUUCGUAGAAUUUUUCCACGUUUGUACAAAUUUGCGCAAAUUUUGCGACUUUUACUCUUAAAUUCACUCAGAAAUUGGUUUCUUGAAUGACCUAAUCAUGUACAGCUUUGAAGGGCAAUAUCGUCGUUUCCCUCAGCAGAAUCUGUCUGGUGCUAGUGUACAGCAAAAGAAAGAUGAACUUUUGCAUAAAGUUCACGAAGAGCGCAUGAAAAGAGAGGAAAACCGUAGACGAUUGCAAUGUGCUAUUCGUAUUCAAGCAUCUAUCAGAAGUUUCUUAGCGAGACAGAAAUUCAAAGAAGAACAAAGACAAGAAUACGAUGUUCUUUUGAAAAAAGUUCAAAAUUUACGAACCAAUACACCGGACGAGAAUGAAUCAUUAUCUAUACUAACUUCCAAAUUAAUAUUCUUCUAUCAUCCAAGCAAGGAUAUUAAACGAUUGACAUUUCUAUCUCAAAAAAUGCUAUUGAAGCAAGAUCUUAUCGUUACAUCCAGUUACAAUAAAAUUAAUCAUUGGAAUUACAAGCUGAAGAAAUUAUUAUACUUCCAUUUGAAAUUAUUGGUCCCUGGAAAGGAUUCUUUUGCGACUCCGUUACGAAUGAUCGAAGUAUUUACCACUGAUUCAGUGUAUAUGAAAUAUCUAAAAUGUGAUAAUGUUUCUGAAUAUUUAACCGACAUAUAUUUUUAUUUGUUGCGAAACGGAUAUUAUCAACAUUUUAGAGAUAUUGUUGAUAAAUGCAUGCCACCUAUGGUGGAACCUAAAUACGAACCACCAACACCAUUUGCUAGUUCAAUAUUGGAUUUUAUUCAAAGGCCAUUGCAACUUGUUCAGAAAAAUGUGAACUCUUCUUAUAACUCUUUAGCUCUGGAAUCUUUAUUGCAUAAUUUUCUUAAUCGAGAAUUCUCGGAUGCUGUGAGAUAUUUUGUCAUACCGUGUUUAUCCAAGUUCAAAAAUUUCCCUUUUUCGCAACUGAUUCAUGCUCUUUUGAAUGUCUCAUCGACGCAACACGAUUACCAUUACAGUAGUUGGUUGUUGUUUACUUUGAUCUCUCUGGAAGAUGAAAAUUACCUGGAAAAUUGCGACGAGAAACAAUUCAGUAAUUAUUUAGAAUUACUGUCUCAUUUAAGUCAAAAUUUCUCCAAACUUGGGACUGCAGAAAUGUAUAGUAAUAGACAAAACGAAGAUUAUGAUAGUGAUAGUGAAGAUGAAGUUGAACAAGAGUCGAUGAUUUCGAGCACUGAAAUUGAAAUAUUGGAAGAAGCUGCCGUUUAUUUGAACAGAUACAGUAAAGUACAAGCCAUUAUUGCGAAAGCAUCGAAGUAUCAAAAUUCAAGUUACGAGAACUCUAUUGUAGAAUCGUUGGCAAAAAUAUCUUAUCAUUUAUUAUCAGCGAAAAAGUCAGCCUUACACGAAUACCAGAUGCUGAGUUCACUAGCGUUGACAUCUCAAUUCUUGCGCAAAUUAUGGCAAAUUAUUACCACAAAAGAACAACAAACCAUAUUUGGAAACCCUGCCUCGUAUAUUAACAUCAUCUCUCAAGGAGUGGAGCUAUCGCCCAACGAAUGUCAGCAUAUAUUACCACUUUUUACCACUUUCUGUUCAUUGCUGAUGCUGCUAAUUGCCACAUUACAUGAUCACGAAUUCUACAGUGACGAACCUAAUACGGGAAAAACAUCCAUUAUGCCGUUCACAUUGCAAGAAAUAUCUCAAGUUAGCUUCAUGGUAAAGGAAAUGUGCGUUGGUUUGGUGGAAUUAGCGUACCCUGAUUGUAGACCGGAUUUGAAAUUAAACGCUCGUCACGAUAUUAAACCGAAAUUUUCCAAAGAUAGUGCUAUUCUAAAUACUUGGACGCGGUUGUUCAAAGUGGCUGUAGCAUUAUUGAGACAAUUACAUUCGCGAGAUCUAAGACGACAAUUCUGUGCUGAAGGCAUGUGGAUCUCGACUCGUAUUUCGAUGUUGAAAUUCGAUAAACCAUUAGACUUGAGAAGUGUUGCACGUCGACAUAAUCUGAGACCUUUUCGAGGACUUCCAUGUUAUACGCGUGAAGAUCUAGAGGAAGGUCCGCCUUUAUCAACGAGAGAAUUACGAACGAUGACUGUCAUUAAAGAAAUGCCAUUUUUGUUACCGUUCCAAGAAAGAGUAGUGGUGUUUCAAAAUCACGUGUUGAAAGAUAAACUUGAACAUCAAGGAGAGGCUCCGUACGCAUUUAGAGGUCGAAGUAUCGACGUCAGCGUUAGACGAAAUUAUUUAUACGAAGAUGCUUUCGAUAAACUGUCUCCCGCUAAUGAACCUGACUUACGUUAUGUCAUGAGAGUUCUGCUGAGAAACGCUGUAGGACUCGAUGAAGCAGGAGUCGACGGCGGUGGAUUAUUUCGAGAAUUUUUAUCAGAAUUGUUGAAAACUGCGUUUGAUCCGAAUCGAGGAUUUUUCCGGCUCACCAACGAUAAUCAGUUGUAUCCUAAUCCUCACGUAGCUCUUUUACAUCCUGAUUUUGUCAAACAUUAUUAUUUCAUCGGAAGAAUGCUGGGAAAGGCUAUGUAUGAAAAUCUGCUAGUCGAAUUACCUUUAGCCGAUUUCUUCUUGUCUAAGCUAGUCAAUCGUCAUUCGGAUGUCGGUAUACAUCAUUUGGCUUCGUUAGAUGUGGUCAUGUAUAAAAAUCUGUUGUUUUUGAAGAAUUACGAAGGAGAUGUGUCCGAUUUAGGAUUAGAUUUUACCGUUGUUACCGAUGAACUUGGCGAAACAAAGAUCAUCGAACUGAAACCAAACGGAGGCAAUAUUCCCGUAACGAAUGAAAAUAAAAUCGAGUAUAUUCAUUUGGUGGCUGAUUAUAAACUUAAUAAACAAAUCGGAGCUCAAAAUACCGCCUUUAAAAACGGUUUGGCCGAUGUUAUUCAACCUCAAUGGUUACAUAUGUUUAGUAACAAAGAAUUACAAAUAUUAAUUUCCGGUGCUGAAAUACCAGUCGAUAUUAGCGAUUUGAAAAGAAAUACGAAAUAUUCUGGUGGAUAUAACGAAAAUCAUCCUACCAUUAAAAUAUUUUGGCAAGUUGUGGAAGAUUUCGAUGAUAAUCAACGCAGACUGUUGCUGAAAUUUGUCACUAGUUGUUCUAGGCAGCCAUUAUUUGGAUUCAAGGAACUAGAUCCUCCAUUUUGUAUACAAAAAGCUGGUUCGGCUGAUCGAUUACCUACUUCGAGUACUUGUAUGAAUUUAUUAAAAAUGCCCGAAUUCAGCGACUACAACGUUUUAAGAGAUAGAAUUCUUUAUGCUGUGCAAUCCGGUGCUGGAUUUGAAUUAAGUUAAUUUUUCGGUUAAUUGGUUGAACUGGAAUCUGGAAUGUAUCACUUUCGAAUCAUUAAUCAUUAUAAAUGCCCGUUUUAAAGGAGAUGAUCCAUGUAUUGGGUAACAUUUAGAUGAUUUUCCUCGUGAAAAUAGCAAAUGGCGGUGAAAUGCGUUGUUUUAUUUGAAUAUGUCCAAUUUUAUUCCCUGUGCGUGUCUUUUUAUUGUGUUAUGUGUAAACUUUAAAUAUUGAAAUUUUUUUUUGUUACGUAGUAAAAUGAUUUUGAAUAUUUUGUAUUUCAUAAUAUGUAUAUUUGUAAAUAAUGCAUGCCAUUUUCUUUUCGUUUUUUUGUAAAUAAUUCGAACGAACGAGGUGUAUUUAUAUUUAAUUCUGCGCGUUCAUUUUAUAAUAUAGGUAUUCUGAUAUUUUGAAUUUGUGUAUAAAAAAAUCAACUCGAGAAGCUGAAUAUUUUUUUCGGUGUUUUACUUAAAUUGAGAGUUCUUUUUAAAAAAUGAAAGUAUUUUAUAACGGAGCGAUAUUAUGGGCGAAUCUUGAUACCGUUCGUAUAAGUAAUUAAACUUGUAUCGAAGAAUCGAAUAAACCUAAUUUUUAUCAGG